AGCUUCACAGCUCUUGCUUCGCGUUGCGCAAUGCUUCGGCUGCUGCUGCUCCUCGUGGGAUCCGGAUUUGCCUUUGCGGCGCCGAAAUGGUGGGAGGUUUCCUCAGAGGAGAACGCCAAGUCUCUGGCCCUCUACUUCGACAGAGAGGCGAGACGUUACUUCGUGUACACAGAAGGUACGAUCGCCUCCAGCGAGAAGGCCUUUAGCAUGUACUUCAAUGUGGCGCGAGGGCCGACAGUGAAGAACAUUUGUGAAGUUGGCUUCAACGCGGGGCACUCCACCGCCAUCUACCUGAACGCGAAUCCAGAUGCCCAAGUCUACUCCUUCGACAUUGGGCAGUUCCCCUACACGGUGGGCAACUCCGAGUUGAUGAAGUCACUCUUUCCGGACCGGUUCGAGUACAUCUCGGGGCCUUCUGCGGAGACGGUGAAGGCAUUUGCGGAGGAGAGGCCAGAUGUGAAGUGCGACGUGAUCAGCGUGGACGGGGACCACAGCACCGAGGGCACGCUGGCGGACUUGAGGAACUUCCAGAAGUUGGCCUCUUGUAGGAACUGGGUGCUGAUGGAUGACGCCGGCUGGAAUUCCACGAACUCGGCCUGGCAAAUGGCCAAGGAUGCCGGGAUCCUGACCCAGGUGGAGUGCUUCGCGGACAUGAACCCCAGGCCUGACUACCAGUUCAUGGAGUACCCGGAGAACCGAUCCUGGUGCUUGGGGUUCUUCAACGUGCAGGACGACACGUGCCCCGCCUGGUUUCAGGAGAGCCCCAACACCGAGCGGACCUUUGUGCGGCCGAUUGAGAUCUGAGCAGCGGCAAACUCCGGCAAAGUCCCCCACGGCAUUGAACGGAC